ACAUCCACCCAGGAGCUGCAGCUCCGUCCGCCACGCCGAGGAGAAGCAGCAUCGUCCGCCGCGGCAGCGCCGUCCGCCGCGUCGAGGAGCAGCAGCGUCGUCCCCCACAUCCGCCCAGGAGCUGCAGCUCCGUCCGCCGCGCCGAGGAGCAAUAGCGCCGUCCCCCACAUCCGGCCAGGAGCUGCAGCGCCGUCCGCUGCGCCGAGGAGAAGCAACACCUACCACCGGCAAGGAGAAGCAGAAGGGUUAGACGCGAGGAUCCACCGUUGUUCUUCCUCAACGGGUGACUUCUGUUCCGGCUGAUUACUUUCCUCCGCCCCGCCUACAGAUUAAAGAGCAACAUCGAUACUCUGAGUGUAUAUUUCACUUAGUAGUUUGUGAAUUACUUGUGAAGGUGCAGCCACCAUGGACAAAAGGUGGAUGGAUGAGCCUAGGAAAAAAAGAUGGUAGGAACAAGAGGAGGAAGCGAGGUCCCUCUACUUGAUGAAACUACGAGGCUUGCAAAUAUUGCAGAAAAUGAGAGAAAUGUGAGAGCUCUUAUAGAACUUAAAAGGAAUGAAGCAUUGGGAGGAAACAAGAAUCCCACUGAGAAAGGUUCAUCACAACCACCCAGGAAAAGGAAAAAGGCAAAUAACUGCAUAAGUGAAGUUGCAAAUGGAGGGUGUAAUCUAUGGCUUAAACCAUGAUGCUGAAGAUCCAAAUAAUGAACCCAUAGGACAUGGCUUAGAUGACAUUCAAGAAAAUGCUUCAGUUGUGACUAUACACCAAAAAAAGAAGAGAGGAAGGGGUCCCACCGAAUUAAGGAAGAUAUAUGAUAGAGACCAACCAAAACAAAAGGUUGAACUAAAUGAGUUUGGUCAGCCUGUUGGUAGCAAUGGUAAAACAUUUGGUAAUUUCAUUGGAACAUUGGUAAGGAAGCAAUUGUCGGUGCUAAUUGAGGACUGGAGAUAUGUUGAUCCCGAGUUAAAGUUGAAGCUAUGGGAUGACAUAAAGUCAUAUUUUGAGGUGGAUGAAGUUGCUUUCGAUUACUUUAUGACUGCAGCUGCAAAGAAAUGGAGAGAAUUUAAGUCAGACCUAAAGGAGAAGUUUGAUGCCACAUUGACAGAUGAGGAACUUAUGGAAAGACGUGAUGAAAGAAUUCAAAAGGACUAUUGGAUACAACUUAUCGAUCAGUGGAGAAAACCAGAAUCUGAGGCUAGCAGUGCUAGAAACAAACAAAAUCGUUCCAAUUUGAAAUUGCUACAUGUAGCUGGCAGCAAGAGUUUUGCUGGUCAUGAUAUGGCUCAGAAACUUGGGUACUAUCCAGGAAGAGACCAAAUAUUUGUUGAAGUACAUACAAGUAAGAAAACUGGAGUUCCCACCCCACUAGCAGUGCCAGUAAUUAAGAAACUUCAAACUGAAGCUAAACUCCACCCAGAAUUGGAGGGAAAUUCUAUUGAAGAAGGGGAUCUUUAUGCACAUACUUUUGGAGAGAAGGAACCAACAGGACGUGUCCGUAUGUUGGGUACGGUCCCAACUCCACAGAGUGUGGGCGCGCCUGGAACAAAAGCUAAAUUGCCAACAAAGCUUGCAAUGCAAAUACAACUUCGUCGACGUGCUGAACAAGAAGUUUCAACUCUAAAGGAGAGAAUGCAAGCAAUGGAACGACGCUUCGAUGAGAUGCAGCACGCCAUGUUUUCACAAGGAAGUCACAGUGUUGAAACGCCCACGCCUUCGGCUCCUAAUUCUGUCUCUCGACCCGUGUUCUCACGUAUUUUACCGGUUGAUGACGAUGAGGAAGAGGAACAUGAGGGUCAUCAUGAUACAGUCCAGGAAGACAGAGGCUUGUUCAUCCAGAAGCGUAUACCAUCUAGCCAUAAUGUUGCAGCCACACAUUUACCACCUAGAAGCCAUGUGGCCACUCCAAUCGCCCGGCAAGCCUCUCAAGCCUCUCAUGAUAAAGAAGACCUUGUUGGUAGGGAUGUCAUAUUAUAUCAUUUGGUGAGAUCUGAUCCUGUGGCAAAGGCAAUGGUUAUCUCAACCAACCAAGACACCAUAGUGGGAGGUGAAGUUCUUGGGCGAGCUUGCUCGUGGAUAUGAUGGGAUGCAAACAAUGGGCGAUGCUCACCACAUGUCCAUUGCAUGGCCAUCAAAUAGGAUCAAACCUUGCAGCAAGUCACGGUUGUCGUCGUCGCACAAUUCAGGGACAAAUGGGAGAAAGUAGCAAGUACUGAAGUUGAUCUAGGAUGUUCCGCUGAUCGCUUUUGUCCGUAACAUGGAACAUGGUCGACGCAUUUUGUACAUAUGGAAGUUGAUGUCUGCUUGAUUAAAGACUGGGUAUCUUCCAUAAUAUUUUGUAGUAGUGAAUCUUCCAAGUGAUCGAACGAUUGAUCUCUUGAGAACUUUCUCAUCUUAUUUUGUAACAGGCCAUGACCUGAAUGUCGACUUGGGUAUUUUCUUAAUGGCUGUAGCUAACUUGAGUGAAGAAAACUAGUGAAUCUUCUAUAUAUGUUGGAUGAAUGCACUGGCUGUUAUCUUGUGAUGAAUGGAAGAGUGCAUUUGGAAUCAUUUAUAUAUGCUGAAUGAAUCUGAUGAACAGAACAGUGCAAUUGUAUUGCAUAGUGAACA